AUGAACUUGCCGACCCCCGCGGCGUCCGUCCCGAGUCCGACUCCAGCCAACUCGAUUCCGUCCAACAACCAAAACAACGGAGCCCAGCCGCCGAACGCCGGGCAAAGCGACCUGAAUCAAGGCAUGAACGGCAACAUCAGUCCAAACGGAGGGGGCCAAGUGCAAGGACCUGCCAACGGUGGGUUGAACGGGAUGGCUCCGAUGCAGGGUCUCGCCAACGGUGGGCUGAACGGGAUGGCUCCCAUGCAGGGCCUCAACAAUGGUGGGCUGAAUGGGAUGGCUCCCAUGCAGGGUCUCAACAAUGGUGGGCUGAACGGGAUGCAAGGUCCUGUGAGCAACGGGCUGAACGGAAUGAGUCCGAUGCAGGGUGUAGACAACGGUGGAGCCUUGGGUGUGGACAACCAAUUUGGCAUGGCGAACAACGGCAACAUGGGUCUCGGAAACCAGUUCGCUAACAACAUGGGCGGGGGGGCUGCGCCCGUGAUGGGGGGAACGACGAACGGCAUGGCAAACCCUGGACUGCAGCCGGCCAGCCCCAUCCCCACCCCUGCGCAAUCCAUUCCAGUCAACGGACCUCCAGCGGGAAGCGGGACUGUCAACAACGGAGUGCCAUCCUCGAUGACUGGCGGACAACUCGGCAGCAUGGGCAACAUGAUGAUGGGGACCGGGGGCUUGGGAAGUGGAGACCUGACGGGGGGAAUGGGCAACCCGAUGAUGGGAGCGGGGGGAACGGGCGGUGAUCUUGCCGGGGGCAUGGGGAUGGGUGGAGGCUUCUCUGCGGGCCCAUCCUCUGGGAUGAUGGGCGGAAGCACCGAAGCUGACCUCAACAUCACGAACGCCACGCUUGUCCCGAAGACCAACAUGACCACCAACGCCACCACAUGGCAAAGGUAG